AUGGUGGCUGAAAAGCCCUCACUGGCAGAAGCCUUGGCAAAAAUCAUGUCACACGGUAGCCAUAUGUCUCGACGAGGCAGUAAUGGCGCCUGUAGCAUCCAUGAGUGGAACGGGAAUUUUCGUGGGGAUCCGGUUCGUUUUAGAAUGACCUCAGUGUGCGGCCAUGUCAUGACUUUAGACUUUGUUGGCCGUUAUAAUAAUUGGGAUGCCAUUGAUCCGGUUGAGCUAUUUGCUGCAAAGAUCGCAAAAAAGGAAGCAACUCCAAAACUGCGUAUGGUGGAUUUCUUGCGAAGAGAAGCCAAAGAGGCUUCCUCUCUCAUUCUUUGGUUGGAUUGCGACAAGGAGGGUGAGAAUAUUUGCUUUGAAGUGAUCGAAGCAGUAACUCCAGUUAUGAGUUCACAGGCCAAGGUUUACAGAGCUCAUUUCACCGCAGUCACAGAUCACGAGGUUAAAGUGGCUAUGCAAAAUCUCCGCCAGCCAAACAAAAACGAGGCGUUGUCUGUGGAUGCAAGGCAGGAGACGGACCUGCGAAUUGGAUGCGCCUUUACACGUUUUCAAACCAGGUUCUUUCAGGGAAAAUAUGGCGAUUUGAAUAGCCGUCUUAUCUCCUUUGGUCCUUGUCAAACUCCGACUUUGGGUUUCUGUGUGAAACGCUACGAUCGCAUUCAGUCCUUCAAGCCUGAAACCUUCUGGCGGCUUACUGCUUCGGUAGUGGUUAACGAACAGGGUGACCGGCUUCCCCUCACGUGGAAUCGUGAUCGAUUGUUCGACAAGGAAGCUGCAACCGUCUUCCUCAAUGCAGUUUCUGGUGCUGACAAGGCGCUGGUGGUAGACGUGACUCGCAAAGUGAAAUUAAAACCGCGUCCCCAGGGUUUAAACACAGUGGAGAUGUUGAGAGUGGCUAGUGCCUCACUUGGCAUAGGUCCUCACGCUGCAAUGGCAAUUGCGGAGCGCCUCUAUACUUCGGGCUUCAUCAGCUAUCCUCGUACCGAAUCAACCGCCUAUCCGCCUUCCAUGGAUUUGAAGGCGCUACUGCGACAGCAUAUUAACCACCCGAAAUGGGGCGAUGUGGUGAGUGACCUCCUGAAAUUGGGUUAUCAUAACCCUCGCGCCGGUCACAACGCUGGCGACCAUCCGCCCAUUACCCCAAUGAGAUGCGCGACGGAGCUCUCUGGAGAUGCUGGCCGUCUCUACGACUACGUGACGCAGCACUUCAUAGCCACACUCAUGCCUGAUUGUAAGUACGAGACCACCACUGUGGUGUUGAACAUUGGUGAGGAAAAAUUUAUCACUCGCGCCUCUCGUGUCCUCGACCCUGGCUAUACACGUAUAUUCACGUGGCAGGCCAUUGGGCGUGACAGUAACGACGACGACGGUCCCGAUGUGGCCUUGGCAGUUGCACUUACUACUCCGGGCUCAAGUUUACCGCUGGGUGAGAAACCGCGUCUUGUGGAGGGUCUGACGAGCCCUCCGGGGUAUCUCACGGAGGCGGAGCUUAUCACGGCCAUGGAGCGACAUGGGAUUGGAACAGAUGCCUCUAUCCCGGUGCACAUUGAAAACAUUGUGGAGAGAGCUUAUGUUGAGAUUCUUCCAGGUCGCCGAUUAAAGCCGACCCCUUUGGGCGUAGUUUUAGUCCACGGCUACCACUCAAUCGAUCCGGAACUUGUCCUACCCCACAUGCGUCGCGCUGUUGAAGAGCAACUCAAUCGCAUCUCCACUGGUGAAGCUGACUUCCACCGUGUCCUUCAAUUCGUCAUUGCUAUCUUCACUACCAAAUACCGAUAUUUCGUGGAACAUAUCUCCUCGAUGGAUCAGCUGUUUGAAGUCUCUUUCUCCAGUCUAGCAGAGUGUGGUCGACCUCUAACAAGAUGUGGAAAGUGUCGACGCUAUCUGAAGCUGGUGGAUUCAAAGCCACAGCGCUUGCAUUGUCCGGUAUGUUCCGACACCUAUGCGGUACCGCAGAAUGGUUCAAUCCGACCCUAUAAGGAGACAAAAUGCCCAUUGGAUGAUUUUGAACUGGUGCUGUGGACACAGGGCACCAAGGGAAAGAGCAUGAUCUUCUGUCCCUACUGCUACAUAAAUCCACCCUUUCCGAAGCAAUGGCGAAAUACAGGGUGUGCCAAUUGCCUCCAUCCCACAUGCACCUUCUCGCUGGCCGUGAAUGGCGUGGAUGCCUGCACGGAGUGUUCUCAGGGAACGCUAGUGUUAGACGACUCUCAUGCGCCGAAAUUCCGCUUAUGUUGUAAUAAGUGCGAUUCCAUUGUCCUCUUCUCUGAGGCAGUAAAAUCUGCUUCUGUCCGAAACGCCACUUGUGAGGUGUGUACAGCUCGUCAUCUUACCCUCCAAAUUGAUACAAGUAAAUUGAAAUCCGGUGAUUCAGCUAUGCCCACCAAAUUCACUGGUUGCGUGUUCUGCUCCGAGGAGAUGUGCAAACUGCUCUCUACUCGCAAAGCAGCUAGCCUCUCUACCAUCGCUUCCAGUGGUCGUGGUGGUGCCUCACGGGGCAGGGGAUCGCGGGGCAGUGGUAGGGGUCGCCAGUGA